CCCCGAACGGUCCUUCCCCACCCAAGAUCUGCUGCUUUCCCUCUCCAAGGGUGCCAGGCCCUGAAUCUCUCCCCACACUCCCAGCCUGGUGCCUGACAGCUUGUUUGGGAGCGAACCUCAGGUCAACCAAUCAAUGCCUCAGACGGAUAAGCAAAUAUGCAUUCCCCCGGAGCUGCCGGAAUUGCUGAAGCAAUUUACCAAAGCUGCGAUCCGGACCCAGCCACCAGAUCUCAUCCAGUGGGCUGCGGAUUAUUUUGGGGCUAUGUGCCGCGGAGAGAUUCCUUCAGUGAGAGAGCGGUCUGAGCCAGUCCCUUCGUCUAACUGGGCAGAGCUUACACCUGAGCUGUUGAAGAUCCUGCAUGCGAGGGUUGGUGGCAGACUGAUUGUCCAUGUCGAAGAGCUGGCCCAAAUGUGGAAGGUGCUGAGUCUCCCAACAGAGCUGUUUAAUAGUGUGAUGAAUGUGGGCCGCUUCACGGAGGAGAUUGAGUGGCUGAAGUUUUUAGCCCUUGCUUGCAGCUCUCUUGGUGUUACCAUUUCCAAAACUCUCCAGAUAGCAUGUGAAGUUUUAUCAUGUGACCAUGAUUCUGGACCUGCCCGGAUCCCUUUCAGCACCUUCCAGUUUCUCUACACAUAUAUUGCUGAAGUGGACGGCGAGAUCUCUGCAUCACACGUCAGCCGAAUGCUGAACUACAUUGAACAGGAAGUAAUUGGUCCUGAUGGUUUAAUCAAGGUGGUUGACUUUACUCAAAACCCAAGGGUUCGGCUGGAGUAAAAGCACAAUUUUGGAGAUGGUUGUGCUUCAGAAUAGCUGAAACCCACACACCAGCCGAUGACCAUUUUCUUGUACUACUGGUACACACUA